CUGUUCAACUCCACGUCUAACGGUUCCGCCACUGUACACCAGGUUGGAAUUUUCCUUGCUGAAGGACCUCGGCAUGACCAUCACAAAUAACUUUGUCCGCCGGUUCCGUUAGAACUGCAGUAUUGCCAUGUUGCGGUCCACCACCAACGAAGACAAUGAUCCUUUGCUUGGAGGAAAAGACAACCAUGACGACACGCUGCUAUCCGGCACCAGCAACAGUAGCAACAACGAAUCAGGAAUGAAUUUGGCGCUCCGAAUCAAGUCCUUUAAAGAUGUCGAAAUCCGCAUCAACGACGCCAGCAGUGUUUCCCAGGUGAAAGAAGCAGUGAGGAAUGCUCUUGGCGAACAAGCGGACGAUCGGUACCUGCGCCUAAUCUGCAAGGGUCGACUUUUGGCCCCGGAUACUUCGGCGCUGCGGGAAUUUUCGGUGCGAAAUGGCGAUGUCUUGCAUGCUGUCUUGGCGGCCGCCGGUGUUCGUGGUGGACAACAAGCGGCCUUGGCGAGAGGAAUUUCGAGACGCUACCGUGGAACUGGUGUGGGUGCCGGUGGUAGAGCUGUACGAGCCGGUGCCGAUAGUGACGACGAUGAUGACAACAACAAUGGUGAUUCCGCGGAUGAAGAGGAAGGUCGAGAACGAAUUGGAUUUGAUCGCUUGCGGUCCACCGGACUCAGCCGGAGUGAGAUUGCGGCGAUUCGAUCGUAUUUCUCGAGAAAUGUCGAUCGAUAUGUACAGGCUCAUCCCGAGGUGGCUUCGGAAGCCAACGAAUCCGACAAUCGACGCCGACGGCUCUUGCAGGAAGACGCCUGGAUGCAAGCACAAGGACCCACGUCGGAGUUUCGAUUCAAUCUCAAUCAAAACAAUCCCUUUUUGCGGUUUUCCUCUGACACACCCCUCUUUCGAGCAACCACGGUGGGAACCGACAGAGACUUUCUAUGGGGAUUCCUGUUGGGUUUCUUUGUCGGAUUCCUCAUGCUAGUAUGGGUAUGGAUGCCCACGGUUCCGCACAAACAGAAGCUUGGAAUUCUCACCGGAAUAUCCUUUCAACUUGCCAUGAACUUUAUGAAGGAUAAUCCGGAUGAUGCAGAAUUUGUAGAGGAUUGACGAUAAUGUAGGAUGAACUAAUGUCUGUGCACACCGCACGAUAACUUAUUCUGCCUCAUUCGCGACAAGACAAGAUACUGUAAAAGGCAUUCAUGAAAGCAGAAGCAACGAUUGUAAUCUAAAAUUCUAUUGAUCAGCUGAAAUUACAAUCUUGUUUGGCAACUACCGGUACCGACUAGUACUGCAGAAACGCAAAGGGGUUUCAGUUCCUGUUCGCUGUCUAGUUCGAUCUCUGUCAACAUUUCCACAGACUUGACAGCUAGAGGAGCCAGGGUAGCUCAAGCAAUUAACCUGAGGGGAUGCUUGAAAGGUGUGGCCAACACUUCUGCAUUACAGUAUUUGAUCAACAAAGCAAGGUACCAGGUAGCUGCUGUGUCCCAGCAGCCAAGCUUCAGAAGGGAAAAAUUUUGUGCUAUAGAUACGCAGGUUUCAUAAACUCUAUCUAGCUAGGUCUACCAUUGCUGCAAGAAGCUUCUAGCCAUCAGUACCGGUAGCUGUAUUGACCAAAGAGUCUUCAAUCCAAUUCCAAGCCAGCAAGCAAGAAACGUCUCUGGAAAAUGCUGAGAUGCAUUCAUUCAAAACCCUUCAUUUAAGCCACACAUCCAUAUCUUGAGACAUGAGACAGGGCAAGUUGGGAGCUACUCGACGGCACAUCGUAGCUAUGAAUAGCUAGAAUGAAUAGAGGAGACUCACUCGGCAAAAAUUUGCACCUCGAGGGUUGUUUACCUCCACGGCCAAAAAUCUGCACCUCUACUAUAGUGUUAGUUGCUCUAAGCUCUCUUCUAGUUUACUUGCUAUUGAGAUACUAUUGAAAAAGUGGGUGGGGGCUACCAGCUUUUACUACUGGCAUCAAAUUCUAGUACAGAGGUACAGGUUGAAUCCCUAAUCGCGAAUCCC